UUCCGAAAGACAGGAGGCACCCGGGUGCGCGCGAGGGAUUGGUGGGUUGCUGCUUGCUGCUGUGGUAACGGGGUUCGGCUGGGGCGCUUGCUCGGAAGAGCGCGGCUCUGGGGGAAUUCCUCUUCUCCCAAGAUGGCGGGGGUGGGGGGCGGGGGAGUGAACCCCUUCCUCAGUGACUCCGAAGAGUCCGAACCAGAGGAGACCAGGCCUGGGGGCAGCAGCAGUAGCGACCCCGGCGGCUCGGGCGCUCCGCUCCCCGUCUCUUCUUCCACCUCCUCUUCGCCGCCCCUUCAGCAGCAACUGUUGCCGCCGCCUGUGCAGGCCGAGGAACCGCCCCGGGUGCCGGUGGAUGCUUUAGCGGCUCAGCUGCUGCGCGACCAGUUCGUGUUGACGGCGCUGGAAUUGCACACGGAGCUUCUGGAGAGCGGUCGGGAGCUCCCUCGCCUGCGCGACUAUUUUUCCAAUCCUGGCAACUUCGAGCGACAAAGUGGGGGCGGCACCGGAGCCCUGGCACCGACUCCUUCCGCCUCAGUAGUCCCAGGAAUAAUAUCGCUGGUCGGAGGUGGUAAGGAACCUGGCGCCGGACAGCUCCAUCGAGCUGGAAGCAUUAGCACUCUUGAUUCCUUGGAUUUUGCAAGAUAUUCAGAUGAUGGAAACAGGGAGACUGAUGAGCGAGUGGCUGUCCUGGAGUUUGAACUACGGAAAGCAAAAGAGACCAUUCAGGCCCUCCGAGCCAACCUGACUCAGGCUGCAGAAAAUGAAGUUCCUUUGCAGGAACGGAGAAAUUACAAAUCAAGUCCUGAAAUUCAGGAACCAAUUAAACCUCUUGAAAAAAGAGCUCUAAACUUCUUAGUCAAUGAAUUUUUGUUAAAGAAUGGAUACAAGCUUACUUCAAUAACUUUUUCAGAUGAAAAUGAUGAUCAGGAUUUUGAACUAUGGGAUGAUGUAGGACUGAACAUUCCAAAGCCUCCAGACUUGCUACAACUCUACCGUGAUUUUGGAAAUCACCAAAUUAUUGUAAAAGAAAUUGUAGAUGUAGCAGUUGGCCCAGAAGAAGAUGAACUAGAGGCAACCACUCCUAUCCUGGAAAACAUUCCUGUAUUUGGAACAUCAGAAUCAAUAGAGCAAUGUGUGUUGGUGCAGAAAUUGGAAGAUCAAAUUAAUGCAUUGAGCACGGAAAAAUGGUCUCUCCUGGAACAAAUACAAAGACUUGAAAGUGAAAUAGACUAUUUGAGAAGUGAAAAAACAUCUAUUCCAGUGAUAUGUGACACAGUUCAGCCAUCUUCAUCCCAAGUGCCUCCCACACUCCCAGAUGAUAAUGGGAGAUAUUUAGAUACCAAGAGUUCAACUAAUGAUGGUAAACUUGGGAGAACUGAAGAAGAAAGAACUUUCUUAGAAUCUGAAUUUAGGACUUCUAAAGAGGAUAUUGGAAUUCCUUUUCCUUCUAAAGAAAGAGAGAAACUUCCACCUUGUUCCCCAUCAAAUAAAGCUGCCAUACAUUUUGAUAAGCCUAAUAGGAAGUUAUCACCAGCAUUCCAUCAAGCAUUGCUGUCAUUUUGUCAAAUGUCAGCAGACAGCCGUUUGGGAUCAGAGGUGUCGCGAAUCGCUGAUAGUGAAAAAAGUGUCAUGCUGAUGCUUGGACGUUGUUUACCGCAUAUUGUUCCUAAUGUCCUGCUUGCAAAACGAGAGGAGUUGAUUCCACUCAUACUGUGUACAGCUUGCCUCCAUCCUGAACCUAAAGAAAGAGAUCAGCUCCUACAUAUACUGUUCAACUUGAUCAAAAGGCCAGAUGAUGAGCAAAGGCAAAUGAUUUUGACUGGGUGUGUAGCAUUUGCACAACACGUUGGACCAACACGUGUAGAAGCAGAACUCUUGCCACAGUGUUGGGAGCAGAUCAAUCACAAAUAUCCAGAAAGGCGGCUAUUAGUAGCAGAGUCUUGUGGAGCAUUGGCACCAUUUCUUCCUAAAGAAAUUCGUAGUUCAUUGGUUCUUUCCAUGCUACAGCAGAUGUUAACGGAAGAUAAAGCAGAUUUGGUACGAGAAGCUGUAAUCAAAAGCCUUGGUAUCAUCAUGGGAUACAUUGAUGAUUCAGACAAAUACCAGCAGGGAUUUGAACUGCUACUUUCAGCAUUGGGUGAUCCCUCAGAACGAGUGGUUAGUGCAACUCAUCAAGUAUUUUUACCAGCUUAUGCUGCUUGGACAACAGAAUUAGGAAAUUUACAGUUGCAUCUUAUACCUACAUUGCUUAGUAAAAUUGAAAGACUGCUCAAGGAAGGUGAACAUGGACUGGAUGAACAUAAACUCCACAUGUAUCUUUCUGCUUUACAAUCCUUGAUCCCUUCCCUUUUUGCGCUGGUGUUGCAAAAUGCCCCCUUUACAGACAAAGCUAAACUUCAGGGAGAAGUCCCACAGAUAGAAGUAACAAGGUUCCCAAGACCUGUAUCACCUCUACAGGAUGUAGCCACUAUAAUCGGAAGCCGUGAACAACUAGCUGUAUUGUUGCAGCUUUAUGAUAACCAGUUAGAACAUGAGGGUACCACAGGAUGGGAUACCUUACUAUGGGUUGUCAAUCAACUGUUGCCUCAACUUAUUGAAAUAGUUGGCAAAAUCAAUGUAGCCUCAACAGCAUGUGUUCAUGAAUUCUCAAGGUUUUUCUGGCGACUUUGCCGAACAUUUGGAAAAAUCUUCACCAAUACAAAGGUAAAACCACAGUUCCAGGAAAUUUUACGGCUCUCUGAGGAGAACAUUGACGCUGCAGCAGGGAAUGGAGUGCUAACAAAAGCCACAGUUCCUAUCUACGCCACAGGUGUACUUACAUGUUAUAUCCAGGAAGAAGACCGCAAGCUGUUAGUAGGAUUUUUAGAAGAUGUAAUGACUAUGCUUUCAUUAUCUCAUGCUCCUCUUGAUAGCCUAAAAGCAUCUUUUGUGGAAUUAGGUGCAAACCCAGCAUACCAUGAAUUGCUGCUAACUGUAUUAUGGUACGGAGUUGUCCAUACGUCAGCACUUGUUCGGUGCACAGCUGCCAGAAUGUUUGAGCUGACUCUUCGAGGCAUGCGUGAAGCCUUAGUUGACAAGCGGGUUGCUCCGGCCCUUGUUACCUUGUCCAGUGAUCCUGAAUUCUCUGUAAGAAUAGCCACAAUUCCUGCUUUUGGGACCAUAAUGGAAACAGUCACUCAGAGAGAGCUUUUGGAAAGAGUCAAAAUGCAAUUGGCCUCUUUUCUGGAAGAUCCCCAGUACCAAGACCAACACUCUCUACACACAGAAAUAAUAAAAACCUUUGGAAGAGUUGGGCCAAAUGCUGAGCCAAGAUUUAGAGAUGAAUUUGUUCUUCCACAUUUGCAUAAACUUGCCUUGGUUAAUAACCAGCAAUCUGCAGACUCAAAACGACUGGACAUAGCUACUCAUCUCUUUGAAGCCUAUAGCGCACUCUCCUGUUGUUUUAUUUCAGAAGAGUUAAUGAUCAGUCACUUCUUACCUGGACUCAGGUGUUUAAGAAAUGACAUGGAAACUCUCUCACCAGAACAUGAGGUAAUUUUAAGUUCCAUGAUAAAGGAAUGUGAACAGAAAGUGGAAAAUAGGAGUGUUCAAGAACCACAAGGUUCUAUGUCAAUUGCGGCAAGCCUUGUGAGUGAAGAUACAAAGACCAAGUUUCUGAAUAAAAUGGGCCAGUUAACCACUUCAGGUGCCAUGCUGGCUAAUGUAUUCCAGAGGAAGAAGUAAAUUGGAGUUAAGAAGAACAUUAACACUGAGAGACCUCAUUAAGACUUGUUCCUUGUACUUGAAGUACUUGUCUUUUUAUUUUCCGUCUUAUGUUCCUGUAGUAUAAUUUUACUCUGAUCUACAAAGAUAUUUGCACUGCUCUUGAAUAUUGCUACAUAUCUGUUAAUUUGGGGCUAAAUGUGGUUUAUUAUAAAACUAAAUUAAGUCUGUACCAAGUCCCUGUCAUGUGUUCUUGUCUUUCAAGCAUAAUUUUUUUUUUUUUAUAUAUAUAUAUAUAUAUAUCGUGGGUUUUUUUUAAUUUCCUGAUGGGUUCUAGGCUGAUAUAUGUAUUAUACAUGGAACUGUUAUGAUGGUACUUAAAAUAAUGUAAAUUUGAAGUCACAGUUAUAAAGUAAUAAAAGUGGAGAUUACUUAUGUAUUUAAGUUAUAAGAGGGGUAAUGCAGAGCUUUUUUAAUGUUUCUAAAAUGACAGGUAAGAGCCACCAGCACUGAUUCCUGGGUUGUUUUUGUAAGUUGUUAUAUAUUUGAAUUACAGAAGUUGAUGGAGGAUGUAAUGUAUCACAUUGAUGGAGGAUGUAAUGUAUCACAGAAUUCCUUGCACUACUAGUACUACACUUUAUUCCAGAACAGAUGAAUGCAACAGAUUUUUUAAAAAUGUCUCUCAUACAUGUAUUGGCAUUUUCAGUGUGUAUAAAACAGCUUAGUAUUAACCUUUCUGCAAGACUGUUUAUCUCAGUAAGGGGAGGAGGAAUUAUAGUACAAACUUAAUCACAUGUACCUAAAUGAAAGCCAUACUGAUUUCAAUGAAGCUUUCUUUCAUAUGAGUGAGUCUAAUAUUGCCUUCUUAGAAUAAAUUUUAAGUGAUACUGCUCCACAUAAAUGCUUCAAGCCAACAUCAUGUUUCUCCAUAUAACAACCUAUAUAUUUGUAGUGUCUCCAUGCUAGAACAACAUCUACUUAGCUACCAAUCAGAAAUUAAUUGACAUUGCACAUUCUGGACAGUACAUAGGGUAAGCAUAUUUAUAGCAUGCCAGGCAAGUGGAAUGGUUGCAGAGGUAAGAGAUUGGCUAGCAUUUUGUUUAACUUGGUUUUAGGUCUUGCAGGGCAAGGGUAAAAGAAAAUGUGGCAUCUGACACCCUACAUAGCACAGCAGUGACUGAAAGCAAUAAUUUAUUAAAUUUUAAAUACAACACACAAAAUAUCCUCCUGACAUCCUGAUUUUUUAAAAUUACAAGUGAAUUGACCCUCUUCUAUCCCUAUAGCAUUUUUAAGAGGUAGAUUAAGCUAAGCCCAUCCAGUAUUUCAUAACUCUAUAAAUAUCCAGAUGCAAACUCUGUCCACUACAUCUUUUAUCCAUUCUACAUUUUCCCCAUACUACUGCUUUUUGUAAAUAUACAUGCACAUACCCUAACUUUACAAAAAUAAAAGGAAGACAUUACAUAAUGCGGUACCUAUUUUAAUGAAAUUGUUACUUUUGUGUUAAGUCUGGGGUAGAGACAAACAGAUAGACCUGAGGCAUUUGUGGAAUCCUGGUAUGGGUAUCAGCAGAUGUUACACAUAUGAUCAAGCUCAACCCCAAUGUUAUUUCAAGGCAAAGGAAUAGCUUUUCUGUUGUUACUCUCUUUAGGAACUUGUGGUCAACACACUUUCAAAAAUUAAUCUUGGAAAGCCAAUAUCACAAAUACCCUCAGCCCAUUACUAGAUUAAAAUUACCAUCAUUUCCAUCUACCAGUGUCCAGAACUAUUUCUAGGUAGAGCUGAUAGUAGCUCUGGAAAGUACCAGGUUGGGAAAAGCUUGCCUUAUCAUAUACUUUGGGAUUUCUGUGCUGAGAAGUAGGAAAAUAUUAAUUAAAACAUGUCUAAAAGAAGUGCAGUAAUUGCUGCAAGACAUAUACAUACUUAACCCCCAGAAUUUCCCAGCCAUUGUAGCUGGCUGGGGAAUUCUGGGAGUUUAUGUCCACACAUCCUCAAGCUGCCAAGGUUGAGAAACACUGAUAUAGGCCAUCAAUUUUUCACUGUACUAGGCCUGGAUUGCAUCCAGAGUAUUCCUAGGGUCCCACCAUAUCUUCAUCAGAAGAGAGGGUUUGUGUGGAAAAGUGCAUCUUGCGUUUAAAGUGCAAACAUACUCAUGUUGACCUCUGUUGAUGAAUGGGUCUUCUCCUCCACCUCACUACCUGCCGGUUGUACUAAUUGUAUUGCAAAUGCUCUCUUAGUAGACCAUCUGACAAAGAAAUGCUGGGGCAUUCCAGAAAAAGUAGAAGUGGCUAACUCUCUUGUUCUUUCUUGGAUUAAAUAAAAUGUUUUGAAUA